GAUGCUGUGUUCAUCGGCUCCAAGCGCUUGACCGCGAAGAAGUCCAAGAAAGCCGUGCGUUAUUGGCGCAGUGUCGGCUUGGGCUUCGCGACGCCGAAGGAAGCCAAGGAGGGGAACUUCGUGGACAAGAAGUGCCCUUUCACCGGGAACGUCAGCAUCCGCGGAGCCGUGCUGAAGGGCAUGGUGAUCUCAACCAAGAUGAAGCGCACCAUCGUGAUCCGCCGGAACUACUUGCACUACAUCAAGAAAUUCAACCGCUUCGAGAAGCGCCACAGCAACCUGGCAGUCCACUGCUCGCCGGCCUUCGAGCCCAAGGAGGGCGACAUCGUGACGGCGGGCCAGUGCCGACCACUGGCCAAGACCGUCCGCUUCAACGUCGUCAAGGUGGACAAGAACCAGAUCUUCGGAUCCGCACGAAAGCAGUUCGCCUUGUUCUGA